CACACACACAAGUGCGUGUGUGAUAGACAAAGAGCGGGCGAGACACACUUACUCUUCUUCUCUUACAACCCCCAAAAAUAGUGGGUGAAACUCUUUCUGUCUCUCUUCCUCUUUCUUCAACCCAAAAGAUAAUGACACAAUGCACACGAAAACCGACGAGCCGAUAUUGAGGCCGAGUGCCUUGGCCCGAGCAAAACUGCAAACACCACCUUACACCAGCGUACCUGAAUGGGCUAGUCAUUCUGAAUCCCCAGAAUCGCUCUUUGCUCCAAAGACACCUUCUACACAUGCCACGGACGAUGCCAUGCUUUCUGCAGAAAGGAUAAAUCAACACAAAUCUGCUAUAUCGACCGACAGUUUAUUUUCGUCUUUAAGGUCGGCGAUUCGGCGCGUCCAUCCCGAUCAGCAGAAACGAAAGCAGCAGCAACAGCAGCAGGAGCAGCGAGAUCGUGUCAUUAUUACACGGGCAAGCACAGCAACCACCGCCACCACGAAUCCGCAUAAUAAUAUCAACCAUAACCUUUUUUCUAUACCGACGAUUCCCGAGCUACUGUUGUCUCCCAGUAGUGCCCCUACGAGCAUACGUUAUACCGCCAACAACAGCAAUAAUGAUUCUGUCUCGUCGCUUGCGACUCGCAGAACCAUGUCGGCUACUUCAUUGGCACUCUCAGUAAUACCCUUGACAGAAGAGACUGGCUCUGUUUUUGAAAGCAAUAAUAAUAAUAAUAAUAAUAACGAUAAUAAUGAAUGUGCUGCCGGCGGGAUAUUGAUGAAAGGUCGACUUUUAUGCGCUGUCCAUAUGGAAUGGUACAGUCGACGGCAAGCAACAGCAAACGAAACAUCUCGAAACCACAUUCGUCUGCGACAGAGCCGGUUGAGAUGGCGUGAGUUUGAAGGAGUGCUCAAAACGGAUCGAUUAGAGCUCUAUCUGGUCACAAACCUUGUCAUCAAAACACGACGGCUCGCUCAUGUCAUCUAUCUGAAUCCAAACGCCAAAAAAUCGCGACGCUACAAUCCUGUACGGCUCGUGCUGAUAUCCCCCGUGGAUUUCGUCUGGAGCCUACAGUUUCGAUCUUAUGAAGGCCGCAACAUCCAUUUUCUGUUUGCAUCGCGUACCUUCCGAGAAUCGCAGACGUGGUACAUGGCGCUUUAUCGACGGCCUUUUACCAAAACAACGCCUAUUCCAGCAUUAAUUGACUUGUAUAUACCAGCACUCGACGACUUGCAAAUACGAUUACCUCUUGCCGACCUUGAUUUCGAAAACAACAAUGUUCGCAUACAGUACGUUGUAAGAUGCGCAUUGACGUUAUUGGACCGCCAGGGUAUACGACCGGACAGCUGGCAUUGUGACAAUGUGAGCCUGUGUUGGCGUCAUGGGAAGCAAGCACGGCUCGCAUGGAUACCCGACAAUGGCUAUUUAGUGAGUCCACAUCUCAUAGAACAGACACAUACUUUGGAGCUUCGCCCAGAUACGCAACAGUGGCGGCAACAACCGCGUGAUGUAUGUUGCAUGAUUCUCGUUACCCCGGUCUCAAUCUAUAACUAUUGACAACAAAUUCCACGGAAUACACGAUGCUCACUCACAUGAUCCUCUAGCAAUUGCCACCACCUGU